CGCGCCCCCUCUACUUCGUCCUCAAGACGAAAGGUAAGAGAGAGAGAGGGAGGGAGAGUUGGGCUUCUUCCUCAUACGCUGAAGUCCGUUGAGCGACAAAUAAAUACCAUUUCAACCCUAAUAAAGUAUAGAUUUCUUCGCCGUUUGUACCUUUCUUCGCCAGCAACCACACCGUUGCGUGUCUCUCUCUUCCUCUCUAUAGGGAUAAUAAUAACCAUCUAGCGCCGCAAGGCACUGUCAGUGUAGUAGAUUUAUUCAUCAUCUCUCUCGGCGGCGAGGGAGAGGGAUAGUUUACUGCUGUUUUAACAAGAGAUGGCAACACAGGUGGAUGAAUCUACGGUCAAGCUUAUCCCAGAAGUGGUGGGGAAUGCCUUUGCAGAGCAAUACUACAACACCUUAUCCAAGUAUCCAGAGCUGCUUCAUAAGUUCUACAAUGAUUCGAGCCUGAUCAGCAGGCCAGGCUUGGAUGGUUCAGUGUCUUCUGCUUCAACUUUAGAAGAAAUUAAAAAAUUGAUACUUUCUCUUGACUAUAAGAAUUGUGUAGUGGAGAUACAGACUGUUGAUUCUCAAGAAUCUUAUGAGAAUGCGGUGAUGGUGAUAGUUACUGGUUUCUUUGCUGGAAAGGACAGUGAUAGAAAAAGAUUUACACAAGCAUUCUUCUUGGUCCAACAAGAUGAUGGGACGACAUACGAUGUUAUGAAUGAUAUUUUUAGAUAUGUGGAAGAAUCAGAGAAUAAGAAAAUUAGUGAUGCAGACAAUAUUGCUCCACCUACACCUGUUACCCCAUCCCCUGAGCCAGCCUCCGUUCCUGAUCACACUGUCGUUGUCAAUGUAUCAACCAAUUCGGAGGAUGGUGGGGUUCAAGCUAAAGAAUCUGGCCAUCCCUUGGACAAUGGGGAGAUUCCCACUUCUGAGAAAGAUAUUGUUGUUGAGAAAGAGGUCGUUGCUACUCAGAAUGAUGCUCGCCCAGUUUCCGAGGCAGUUGCUUCUAGUGUCCAGGAGGAUGCUCCCAAGAAGUCUUAUGCAUCAGUUGUAAAUGCAUUGAAUCUCAAAUCACAACCAUUUCAACGAAGGGUUUCAGAUGUGAAACCUGUGAAACAGUCAUUUACAGCUGUACCACCCAUGGCUUCUUCUCAUCAAACAGGUUCUCCUCUUCCACCCGGCAACAAUAUUGUGGAAAUCAACAACAACAGUACUCCAGCUGAGGGUUGCUCCAUCUUUGUUGCAAAUUUGCCUAUGGAUGCUACUAAUGAUGAGCUUAUACAGGCUUUCUCAAAAUUUGGGGCUAUAAAACCUAAUGGUGUGCAAGUCAGAAGUUAUAAGCAAGAUAAGAACUGUUUUGGCUUUGUGGAAUUUGAAUCAGCUAAUUCUGUGGAGAAGGCCCUUGAGGUCUCUACCGUGAAGAUUGGCACUCGAACAGCACAUAUUGAGAGAAAGAAUGCCAAAACUGAUGGUGAAAGGUACCGGAAGGGUGGUUUUAGGAACGACAAUUUUAGGAACCGUGGAAACUAUGGUGGAGGCCGUGGCCAUGGCAGAAAUGACUUUGAGAAUCAGGGUGGAGUCUCUGGUCAAGCUCGGAGCGCUGCCGGACGCAAUGGAGAAGCUAACAAGAAAGUUUAUCAGAAUGGGUGGGCUAGAGGUCCCCGUCAAGCUCAAGCUGGGAGGAGCUAGGCCAUCUUUUUUUUUGCUAGAAUUAUGUUUAUUACAUUUUCCCCAAUUCACAAUUAGAUAGGAAAGAUUUAGGCUUGCUCGAGGCAGAUUUAGUUCUUCGUUAAAUUUUGGUAUUAGUAAUUUAGUUGUUCUUGGGUAUCAGAAAAAUGGAAUAUGCAGGGCAUCGUGUUUUGGAUUUUUUUUCUUAACAAAUUAUUUUAAAGAAAUUCUCUGGUGUUGAUGAUGUGGUUUCACA